AUGCAGCGGCCGAUCGCGGGCCGUCUGAAGCACGCGGGGUCGACGCCGCUCGUGGUCGUAGCGGACGACGUGCCGCCCAUCAGAAUCGCGGAGCGCCGUGCGAUCGACCACCUGAGCGAUCUCGACCAUCCACGUGGCUCCCCGCUCGCCAGUGGCAAGCACGCGAGCCCACAAGCCGCCGCCUUCCGCGCGUCCUCCGCCGGCGGCGGCGUCGCCUCCCCGGUCGCCGCCUUCUCCCCCGCGGCGCUCUCCCGCGAGUUCGCUCUCGCCGCCGGCAGCCACUUCCACGGCAGCCCCGCGCACGCGCACGCGGGGCACGGCGCACACGCGGGCCACGGGGUGGGGGGAAGCGGAGCGGCGGGCGCGGAGAGGGCGGGCGGGGGCGCGGUGGUAUCGAACGUGGCGGUGGUGGCGGUGCUGCUGCUGCUGCUGAACCUGUCCACCAUCUACCUCUUCUUCCAGUCAGGGCUCUCCUCGCGCUCCCUCUCCGCCGCCUCCGCCGACAUCCGCCUGCGCAGCGCCCCGCAGGAGCGCGCCAUGGCGCACCACGCCGCGCUCUCCAGCGACCCCCCCGCCCGCCCACGUCCCAUGAUGUCUCUCCCACCCAUUUCCCUCCCCACCACCCCCCCUCCCCUCCCCAUUCUCAAACCCACCCUUCCUCCUCUCCCCCCUCCCAGCACGCAUGCAGGUGGGGGGGCAAGCAGCAAUCCGGUGCAGGCGGAGGGGGGGGCGGGCAUGGGGAGGGGCGUGGGUGCGCAUCUGAGCGCGGCAGUGAGGGCGAGGGAGACGGUGAACGGGCGGCUGUUUCACAUCGCGCCGGGGCUGGCGGCCAGCAAGGUGCCCUGGAACGCCACCGACAACUCGUUUCUGCUCUCCCUCGUACGCUCCCUGCCUCCCCUCCAUCCCGCUCUACGCCCCUUUUCUCUCUCCUAUGGCCGCCCUCGCCCUACUCCAUGGCAGAGGGGCAAGUGGGACGUGAGGUCGUUCUCGCUCAUGCCGGGGGUGUUCCUGCUGCAGCAGCCUGACGACUUCGCCUGUGUGCUGCUCAUCCAGGACGCCUGCUACGUGCACAUGACAGGGAUCGUGCCAGUCAGGGCAUACGCCAUGGCGAGGCAGAAAUCGCCGCUGUGGAAACACGUUACAACGGCGAAGGGACCAGACGGCACUUUAACGGCGAAAUGCGUACACUGCUCCAACUCCGUGACUGCUAAUGCAACACGCAUAGGAGAGCACAUCUAUGGGACGCCUUCUGACCAUGAUAAGAAUGUGAAGCCGUGCGGCCACGAAGUCGCCAUCAAACUUCGCGAGGAAGCAGCAGCAGCUAGUGAGCGUUCUGGAAGCGCCAGUCCGUCAAUCCAUGGCUCCACUUCGACCCUCGACAUCCAGCCCGCUCGUCGCACUCGGCAGCGGGACAUCCGCCACAUGGUGGAUGACUCUGCACGCGCUCGACUGGACUACCUAUGGGCCGCUGCAGUGGCUGAUAACGAUUGGGCGUUCCACACGUCCAAGUCGCCAGCCGUGCAGAACUUCGUGGAUGCGGCUGUUGCCUACGGGAAACAAUACAACCUCCCGUCCCCCUUCAGGGUUUCUGGUGUGCUGCUUCAGAAACUGGUUGCGGAUACCGAGGACAUUGUACGGCCCCUGAAGGAGAGUUGGAACACUACCGGCUGCACCAUCUCCGUGGACGGCUGGACCUGCAUGAAGAGCCGUGGGCUCGUGUGUGUCAUAGCCCACAAUGACACGGCGCCUGUCAUCGUGAAGACCAUGGACUCCAAGACCGCGAAAAAGACGGGGGAGUACUUGGCCGGCCUCAUCCGGACCUCGAUCGCCGAGGUUGGAGACAAGAAGGUGGUCCAAGUCGUCAUGGACAAUGCGUCCAACAACCGCAGGGCGGCCGACAUUCUUCGUGACGGGUUUCCCGCCAUUUUCUUCAACAACUGUGCGGCGCACGUCCUCGACUUGAUGCUUCACUACAUCGGCAACGUCCGUGCUGUGAAGCGGGUGCUAAACCAGGUGCACAGGGUGGUUAUGAUGGUCAAGGGCAGCGCGUCCGCCGUCACGCUCUUCCACGAUUUGUUUAGCACACUGUCCUUGGUGCGACCCGGUGCAACACGCUUCGGCACGCAGGUUAUUAUGAUUACCCGCUUCCUGGAGGUAAAGAGAGCGCUCAAGGAGAUGGUGAUAAGUGAAGAGUGGGAGGCGGUGGCGGUGGCACGGUCUGAAGAGGGGCAAGCUGUCCGCACGCUCCACUUGGAUGAGGUCUUUUGGGACUGCGCGACAGCGGUCCUCCGCCUCAUGACUCCCGUGUACGAAGUGCUGCGGGUGGUUGACACGCGUGCUCUAGUCAUGGGCCAGAUUUAUGGCCUCAUGCUAGAUGCCACAGUGAAGACAAACGAGGCAGCAGAGGCGGCAGCCAAACUGAUGCUGAAACGCACAGCUCUCUUGCCGGCCAAGGAAAAGCCGGCCUUUCUGAACGCCAUCAAGGCUAUCAUAGCCAGGAGGUGGGACGCCCAGCUCCACAAUCCACUCCAUGCUAUGGGGUGGCUUCUCAACCCCCGCAAUCAGUACCUAGGGGAGGUGAAGAACGAUGCCGAGGUAAGACGCGGGGCGGAAGCGGUGAUCCAGGCCCGUGGGGGGGAAGACGCUCAACGCGCGCUGCUGUUGGCGCAGCUGACGCAGUUUCAUCAGGGCAAGGGGCUGAUCGGGUCCGAUGACGCCCGUUGGGCAACAACGGAGUUGGUGGCGAGUGGGCGCUUGACGGAGGCGGAGUGGUGGCUGAUGUACGGCGGGGAACUGCAGGCGCUCAUGGGGAUGGCUGUGACGCUGCUGUCACAGCCAGUCACGUCAUCUGAGGUGGAACGCUAUUGGUCCGCCAUUGCACGUGUGCAGAGGCGGGACCGUAACCGCAUCAGCGCCAAAAAGAUGAUGGACGUGACCGAGGUGGCGUUCGCCAGGAGGGCCAGGGAUGCAUUCGAUAGGAAAACACGGGAGAGGGCGAAGCUCUAUGCCGAUCUGGCCAACGGCACUCUCGAGCAAGGGAGUACCAUUGAACCGGCAGCAGCAGAAGAAAAGGAAGUGGGAGACGACGAGGAGGAGGGAGAGGGGAAUGAGCAGCUAUGCACCAUUGAUUGGGACCUUUUCGGGAACAUUGGGAAGCGGAAGAAGAAGGUGCCUAAGUCCGCUAAAAGGAAGAGAAACGGGAAGGCCAAGAAGCCUAUCAAGGGAACGAGGAAGGCAACAACUGUGGGAGAGGAAGAGGGUGAGGAGGAGGAGGCGGCGAAUAGCAGUGGAGGGGAGGAGGAGGACGUGCCCACUAAGGCUCGAACUGGCCAUGAUCCUUGGGACAUCAGUGACGGGUCUAGUGGGGAGGAAGAGGAGGAGGCGGAUGACGAUGAGGAGGAGGAGGAGCAGGAUGAGCCCUUCGUGCCGGCACACAGCAUCAGCGGGCAUGUGGUAUGCAGACGAGGGUAUGCAGACGAGGGUCCAUCGCGGCUGCACGCGCCGAUGGCGGGCAUGUGGUAUUCGGACGAGGGCGUGCGCGACUUCAAGCGCAUCAGCACGUCCAACGACCUCUGCUCGCUCUUCCCCGACGCCCUCGCCGACCAUCAAGACCACGCCUGGCGCUCCCUCUCGCCCCGAGAGGCCCGCGCUGCCCUGGAACGAGAGGGCGCUGUUGGGAGAGAUGUGGUGCGGUUGAGAGGGGUGGAGGAGGAGGGAGGAGCUGGGGAAGUGGAUGGGCGCAAAGGGGGUGCGGGAGGUGGGAGGAAGGGGAGUGGGGUGGGGAAGGAGAGGUAUGGUGGGAGGGUGGAGCGAAGGGAGGAGGAGGAGGAGGGGGAUUGGAGGGACAGCGGUCGGGUUGGGUACUCAGCUGAGGAGGGGGAGGAGGGGGAGGAGAGACGGGCUCACAUGGACAAGAGGCGACGCCUCCUAUCCGAAUCGGAGCAAAAACCCGCCAAAACCCACAACCCUGUGCCUUCCCACCCUAAAAAAGCCACCCCUUCAGCCACCCAGUCACCACCCACCCCACCCCAGCAGCAGCAGCAGCAGCAGUCAGCAGCACCCGUGGUCCUGUCGGGGUUUGAGAACCAGGCACCGGGGUUCACGGACGAGUUUGACGAGGAGCUGCACGACAUCACGGACAUCAAGCGCCGUGAGAACCGCGUGUACGGCCGCUUCGAGAGCGCGCACGCGGUGGCGUGCUACCUCAACCUCAGUGACGCAGCUAGUCGGGCGCGGAUGGCCAAGGGGCCGAAAGGGGGGCGCGUGGAGAAGGUGGGGCCGCUGGUGAGUGCAGGCCGCCGGUGA